AUGGCGAGCCUCCCAGAGCUAAUCCGCGCGCUGCGGGAGCGCAUCUCCGGUUCCGGCUCCGGCUCCUCCUCCUCCGCUGCCGCCAGGGUAGGUGGAAAUGAUCCUCUGCGCAACAUCAUCCCGAACCUCCUCCAAACAUACGUCCUGCCUUCGGUCACCGGUGCGCGCCGUUACGUUUUCGCUGGUUUCCCGCCGUUUGCUCUCGUCCAUGUCUCGUUGGUCAAUGACGGCAUUUCCUGGCAGAUAAGGAGAGAGAGAUCACGGCUGUGCUGAAGCUGCUAUCCCACACUGCUAAGAACUUCCCGGACGUCUUCUUCCAAGGGAAGGCCGCGGCCGUCCUCCCUGUCAUCGGUCGCAUCGUUCCGUUCUUCUCCGAACCUGCUUUCCAGUUGAAUUCUCUAGCCCUAGCCUUAGAAGUAUUUCGUAUUCUCUCGCCUAUUGCUUUAUUUAGAAGUUUUAGUAUUUUUAACUCCAAAUUUUGCAGUGCUCGUCAUGGUGUGAUUUUUGAGGCGGUCAUCUCCCUUCUCUCUUUGCUACGUGUUUCAGACAGGGAGGCCUAUCGUCAGUUCUUCUUGGAUGCGAUGGAGGUUAUCGAGGGUGCGCGACUACAUUCCUGAUCUACUUUUCUCGCUUAGACUUUUUGAGGAAGGCAUUCUACCGAAUCUUACCUCUGACACUAGCUUAAACAGAUAUUUUAGUUGUAGCAUCAAGUCGUGCAGACGUAUCAAUGUCGCCUAAAUCAGCUAAAGUGUCGCUAAAGUGCUUCCAGGAGUCCUUUGCUGGGAUUGCCGAUUUACCUUCACUUCUAGGCGAGCUUCCAGCUUGCCUUCGGCCUACAGAUGGCCCAGGCGUUCUAAUCGAUAUCACAGGAAAGGCAAGAUGGCAAUCUAUGGCUGCAUGGACCAUUAAACUCAUUAAUAAGUGUCUAACUGAAGGAACUCGGCAUGUGUGUGGGCUGGCUAGGCCAUCGUUUAUUUAUGGCACCUGUUAUCUUUUGUGCUAUGGAGACGAGAUUUUGCACAUGGUGGGUCUCAGGCUUCUCGGACUUAUUUUGAAUUAUUUAUGAUCUACAUUUUGUUCGUUAGAAUUCUUCCUUUUUUUUAAUGUCUUCUUUGUUCGUGAUUUAUAGGCUUGUUUUGACUUUGCACGCAUUAUUGCUGUCACAGUGGGUGUGGAUAUUGUUCCUGCCGAGAAUCUUAUUCGAUCAAUAUGUUACAUAUUAGAAGACAAGAUGGAGCUUCCUGUGAUCAGGUAUUUCACAUUCAUCAGUUGAAUAUCUCCGUAAUUCAUGCCUUUUCUCAUCUCUUGAAGAUUAUUCUCGUAAAAAUGGAAAAAAAAUCUUCCUACAAAAAUAUUGUCAAGCGUUUGAGACUUUCGGUGAUCUUUCCCACAUAAACCAAUAUAUUAUAUUUUUCCUGUACAGAUGUAUUCAAACUUGAAAAAUGAGACAAAGUGCACACGAGUUUUAAUGGAACGUGCCAUCUGCAUGUAAUAUGAAGAAAAUCAAAUGGGAUAUGCAAUGGUAAAAUCACGAUGAUGUACACCACUGCUGUUUGCAGUUGCCCGUUGACAAUCUCCUUAAAUAAAAAAGAGUACUUUAUGCCUCAAAUAAAUUCCAAUAAUCGUUAAAAAAGAACUGCUCACUUAUUCCCUAAACCAUUUAGCACUGAGCUAGUCACCUUCUUUUUUCUUCCUCUCUCUUUCCUAUGAAUGAAUUUGACAAUGGGAUCUCUGAUUUUUUUGUAAGUAGUCGUUGAUUUGUUGAAAUAUUAGUUUUGUGUCCUCCUCCAGUCCAUUCUUGGUCCAAAACGAUCUCCAUCUUUUAGCUUCACUAUCUUUAGCAAGACAAACUUUGCAAAAGGUGAAAUUGGUUCUUGUUUAGUUUCUCCAAUCCAUGAUUCCUUGGUACCUUAUGUCCUUUGUUUCUUGCCGUCUGUUGUGUGUUCUUGAUUUUCAACGGUGUUCUAUGGCCAAAUUCGCUAGGGAUUGUUUUGAUAAUGGUGUUGCACUAGUGGUGUUGUACAGUUUUCUACGCCCGGUCUGAUUCUAUUCCUUGAUAAGGGAGAUGGGCGUCUGGAUGUAUGAUAGGAGCAGUCGAACGAGAACCUUCUAUAUCCUGCUUGUCACGACUCAUCCUGUCUUCAUCCUACCUGUUCAUGCCCAUUGCUUCCGGCUUCAUGUCCCACUCCGUUCGUGUAUCCAUCCGAAUCACCAGUGUUCAAUAUUAUUUUAUUCGACUUUAAUUUUUGCCACAAUCUAGAGUCUAAUUUUUGAGUACCCCAUAUAUGUUUGACCUGCAGAGCUUUCCUGAGUGGAUGUUCCCACGCUUGUGUUCAAGUGUUCCCGGUGGUUUCUGGAUGCAAUAUUUCGAUCUAUGGCUUUUGCUGAUUAUUCCUGGAAAAUGAUAUCCUCAUUGGUUGGUUUCUGAUAAUUAUAUUGCUUCUUAUUUCUUUAAUACCGUUGUAGAUGCUUUUCUCUGAUUCCCCUCCUAUGACUAACGGACAAAUUCAGACACCUUCUCACUUCAAAUCUAAUUUUGUGGAAUAACCUCAGAGACAUUUCUUUUGUGAUCUCACAGGAUUUCGGAGUAUGAUUCAACUGUAGGUGCAUGCUUUCAUGUGCUUCACUCUGCUGUUCUGGAUGACGUCGUAGAAUCCACUGCUAAUGAUGUGGUCACUGCUUUUGCUAAAUCAAUAUUAAAAACAGAAAGUUCAGAGCUGAAGGUUCAAUGUUCUUUCACCAAGUUCUUUUAUUUCUCAAAUAAUUUUCCCGUUGGAAAUAUUAUUUUUUCGUCUUAUCAUCUUUAUACUCAGUGUAGAGUGUUGACUGGCAUAUUUCUCCAGGUAGCAUUGUGCAAUGCAUAUGUUCGCAUUGCUAAAAUUUGCUCUAUACAUAUUUGGAGACCAGGCAUUCUUGUAAAGUUGCUUUAUUCUGAUAAAUCUUGCCCGCCAUUAAUUAUUUGCAUCAAGGUUGCUGUUGGUAUACUUGGUUCUGAAUUGAUUGGAGAAGGUGCUCGUAUUGAUUGUGAUAUGGAUUUAUCCUUGGAAAGUGGUGCACUUGCUAGAACUUCUGUUGGACAAAAGAGACCGUCCCAGAACAUUUCUACUUUGAAGCAUAAACGCCAAAGGAGAGAUGAGUGUAAAACCCUUUCCAGUGCAGAUAUUCAUGAGGAUGCCGAGGGUAUCUGUUCGUUAACACGUGAUCCAAGAAUAGACUCUGCAGAUGACAUGCGAAGAUUGCUUUUGUCAUUUAUUGACUUUCUGAGACCUGGUUACAUCAGGGACAUUCAUGUGAAACCAGAAAUUGCAAUAAUGGCUCUCAGCAAGCUCUCUCUUGUGUUCUGUAGCUAUCAGCCAACCAGUUUGUCAACUAUUGUUUUUUGCCAAGCUCUUUGCUGGAUGCGUUGGAUUUGCAAUGAGGUCCAUGAAAUUUGCCAAAAUUUCGAUUCUGAUUAGUUAUUCUAAUCACAUUUCAUAUUUGCUUGUUCUUUGUAUACUGUACUGAAGAGUAGUGUCCUUGUGUAGGUAAAAGACGGUAAUUCUCUCAAAUUUGAUGUUCCGCUCUAUUUGGAGGCAGUUCAUGGCAUAUUGCUAUUUCAAGGUGAAUCUGAGUUUCACUCUUUCUAGAUUUGAUAGCCUAUCCUGAAAGGAGAGGUUAACGCAUGAAAUACUUUAUUUGUGAUUACUUUAUCUAAUUCUACCCUUAUUGGACCAUUUAAUUUGUGUACAGUCUCAUAGUUUUCCUAUUUAUUUAUUUAAGAUAGUAUUGAUGCAGCCGCUUUCCCUGGGAAUGUGAAAAUAUUCAAAGAUGAUUACAAAAAUGAUGAGGGAAAUAUUAGUGUUGACACUCCUGAUCGCACAGAUGUCCUCAAUUUGGAGAAAUUGGUGUGGGUUCAACCUUCUGUUUUUGGUCAGUCCCAUCAUAUCACGAAGAUCAAAUGCUUAUGUAUUCAGAUUCUCUCGAAGAUCAGAGCUAACCAUACCGUAGAGAGAUAUCUUGAAAUUCUGGAGUUGGCCCUCCAUGAUAAAGACCAAGAGGUUCGAGCUGAGGCUGUCAUUUCAAUGCCAGUGAUUGUGUUCUAUUCUGGUGGAUGUCUGCUUGAACAUUGUUUUAGGAGACUGGAGUAAGUCCAUUUGCUUCACUUGUAUUUAGAUUAUGCUUACUAGAUUAUAAGUUUUGUUACCGAAACUGACUUGCUUUUGAAUCUUAUCGAUUCUGUCUCCAGUAAGGGUAUGCUUACAGAGAUGAAACUGAUGCUUCUGCUUAUCAUCUUUGCGGUUGGGUUAUAGUCAAGCACGCACUUGUGAUUUGAUGAUGAUGUUAAAAUAAAAGGAGAAAAUCUUUUUGUAUAAACGGAGAAAAUCAAUUGACACUUCAUCUUCACGUAUUUUGUAUAUAUAGAGAGAGGAGGGAUUAGUUGCAUUCUAAAUGACAAUUUGACCUUUUUGGUAUAUAUUUUAAUGGAUUCGCUGGAAAACCGCCUGAAGGUCUGCCUUGCAUAUCGAAUUUGCUCCACUUGUUACAGUUGGGAGAAGUCUGUGUUGAAGGGUCUUCUGUUGAGGAGCACAGUGGUGCAGUUGACAAGCGUCAAGUAGUUGGCGGGAGCACUUUAUUUUGAGAGAAUGUAGAGCCUGGUUAGGAAGACAUCAGCCUCAAGGCACACCAAGGUCUUCUACAUGACUUCUUCUCCCUUUUGUUUUUUGAAUGAGAAGAAUUGCUCGUAUAAGAGCCUGUGGCUCGGAUCUGACCCAUAAUGCCUCAUGUCUUGAAGGAGAAGAAUUGCACGUAGAAGAACCUAUGUCUCAUGAAGACGUGUGCCAAUGGUUAUGGAUGGUCGGCUUUCAACAGUGAGCGAGGCCAGAGAGGGGAGAGAGAAGAGGAGGUAAGAUGAAGGAAAAAAGCCAGGUGGUGACAUUGGCAAGAUAGAUAGACUAGUGAUACAGGGCUACAACACUCUGGCAGUACAUGAGUGAGCCACUGGUUCCCCUUUGGCCGUCGUAAAUGGAAAGGCUGAAGGGUGGUGGUAGAAGUGGCGGCAUCUUGAGAAAUCCUAGGAAGUUGAAUCCUAACGUCUAAUACCAUGUUAAGUGGGAAAAUCUGUUUAAUCGUGGCCUUAAGAGAAAGGAGGGUAGAGUACAGCAUAAAACCUAAUAUGGGCCUAAUGAGCCCACAUUCUAAAUGGCAACUAAUACACUAGUCCAAGACAGUGUGGGCAUAUUAGGUCUAUAUUAUAAUUGACUCAUUAACAGAUCCAAACAUCCUCCCCAUGACCCUCUACAUCUGGAUUAGUCCCGACGUAUCGCAGUCUUUUUUCUCAAUUUUCUUUUUGUUAGUUUUAGUCCAGAAAUGUUUCUAAAGUUCAUCUGCUUUUAUGCUUCGUUUGUUUCUAUGGUAUAUACCAGGUCGGGAAUGUAUUCCUUCAUAUUAAACAGAAAACAUGGUAUGGGAUAUGAGAUAAUUUAUGUUGGAAUCAUGCUAAAAGACGACUACAUGCAAAAAGUGAGAACUCCCUAUGACGAUAUUUUACCUCUGAAUGCCCCCUUUACAUACAAAAUUGUGUGACUCACAUCUCUCCUCUGUCUUGACCAUCUGUGUUGCAUCUAUAAAUUCAUCGACCAAGUUCAUGACAGUCAUUUACGGGGAGACAACUUUUGUCCGUUCAAGUCAAUUUUCCUUUUGACAGGUUUUGUAGAUAGUCAUGAUUUUGGACUGCUGUCUUUGUGUGUAUGCCUUAUGCAUGUAAACACAUGUAGACAUAUAUAUACAUACGUCUGUGUGUGCAUACAAGAAUAAGAAGCCAGAUAAGGAAGGAUCUGGAAUCUGGUGAACAAUUCAAUGGUUUCUAUCAUUUUAAUGGCUGUAAAAAUUUGUCUGAGGCUUUAGCCUGUAUACAUAUGACACUACAGGCAUAACCAGCCCUGGCAUUCAGCGCUGGCUUCUAGGAAUGAACUAUUAUUUAGGCAUAGAUGAGUUAUGUCAUCUUGCUCUUCGAAAUAAUUAUAUUUUGAGGUAAUAGAGGGGUGGAAAACUUUUAGCUUUACUUAUUUAAUUGUGCCCAUGUGAGGGCCUUUCUCCCGCUCUUUUCUUUCUUGGUUGAUUAGCAUGUAUUCCUGAUCAUCCAAAGAGAUGUUUUAUCAAUAUAUUGAUAUUUUGAACAUAUAAUAUUUGUUACCAUCAUUUUUGAAAAUACGUUUACUAAUCAUACUGAGGCUGCAUGCUUUGCUACCAUGGAUCUCAUUAUGAUUUUCCUGUGUGAGAUAUUUUAUUUGAUCUAAAGAUUGGCAGUGCUUUGGAAGGAUAUGAAAGCAAUCAUAAGGACCCUCGGACAGGAGGGGUGACUUUUGUAUGUAAAGUCUCAUGGCUGUCUGCAGAGGGCUAUUUCGUUUGUUUCCAGUUUAGAUGAAGAUUUAUUCUUCUAUUUGAUUAUAGGCAUCUGGUGUUACCCUUCUGUAUUUGUUUUAAUUUUUAUUAUUCCAUUAUUUAUCUCAGUCUUCUAUAUUGACAUCUUCCGUUAUGCUCUCCUGCGAACUUCUUGUUCAUAACCUUGCUUUCUCUACUUUAACUUCUUCUAUGGCCCUCUGGAGAACAAACUCUAUUUUCCAGGUUCAGUAUUCGUAUCUGGAAGCUCCUUACAAAAAGCUUCAGAUUGUCUUAUAUGUGACUGCUUGUUUCCACUUCUUGCGAUUUUGAUUGAUAAUGGUUUAAUGCUUUCUACACUUGGCAAGAUGAUGCUGCAUAUGGUGGCUAGCUUCCAUAUUAUCUAGGCUUCUAUUUAUUGCUUCUUAUUUUCAGGAUUUGGAGGACCGACAAAGAAAAUCAAGCUCACAGAUUUGUUCCUCUGUCAAUCGGCUACUUGUCAUGUUUACACAGCUUAUUGAAUAGCACGGACGGAAGUUCCUGUAAGUUAUAUUUAACUGACUCUGAUGAAGGGCAAUUCCAGACGCAUGACUUUCUUACGAGAGGUUUCUGGUGCUCUCAGUGUAACGGAGUUAGACAGAAAAGGCACCGGGAUGACAGACUCUUGUAUGCGCCGAGGCAUUUCAAUGAUGUCGUGCCUGAUUUUGAUAUUGUUGAAAUACAGACUCUCUUUUUUAAGUUCGUGUUUGAUGAUUCAUCUGAGGAGGUUCAAAUUGCAACUGUUGGCGUAAUGCCCAGAAUAUUGGGGCAUGUAACCGGAGAUAUACUUUUUGAGACAAAAGCUACAUGGAUAAAAUGCAUCGAUUUCUUGCUUCUCCAUAGUAGGAAGUCUGUUAGAGAAGCAUUUUCUAGAGAGAUCAGCAGCUUCCUCGAGGGUCGAAUUUUGGAAUGCUUGUUUUCUGAGGGUCAUGAAAACAAUAAAGCUGGUCAGAACUUUUUUAGAAGGUUGAAGCGUGCCUUUUUGGAAUCUGAGGAUCAACAAAUCCAUGAAACUCUUCUCUUAUCAGUCUCAGAGGUUAUGAGUUAUGUUGACAUUCAUGAUAAUCUCUUUGUUGAAUCACUUAUUUUGUUGGUCGAUCAUCUUGAUAGUUGGCACAUUACUGUGCAAACAACUGCAUUAAAUUUAAUCCAAAGGUCUUGCAAUAUUCGUCUUAAAUGUGGACUUGAACAAUUUAUUUCCAAGUUUGGUCAUAUUCUUGAGGAGUUGUUUGAACAUCUUUGUGUAGGAUUUCUCAGUCGCCGUGAAGUGAUUAGAAAAUUCGCAGAGGUGGUUCUUGGGGUUAAAACUGAGGAUCUUAUUUGUAGAAUGGUUCCUGUGAUUGUACCUAAGCUUGUUCUUUCUCAAAGGAACAAUGAACAAGCCAUUCUUAUCAUGCACGAGUUGGCAAAAUAUUUAAACACGGAUUUAGUGCCCUUGAUUGUUAAUUGCUUGCCAAAAGUACUGGCGUUUGCCCUUCUUCAUGCAGAUGGAGAUGACUUAUCUUCAGCCUUGCAAUUUUAUCACGUGCAAACUGGAUCAGAUAGCAAAGAAAUUUUUUCUGCAGCAUUACCUGCACUUCUUGAUGAGCUUGUGUGCUCCAUAGAAGAUGAAGAUCUGGAUGGACCUCACAGAAGGUAUUCUUUUCUUCUCAUACCAUUAUUAUAACAUGUCAUAGUAUCUGACGCUGGGUUGCUCUUGUACUACAGAGUCCCACGAAUGAUUCAGCAGGUUGCUAGAAUCCUCACAGGUACUAAUGACCUUCCGGGGUUUUUGAAGAAUCAUUUUGUUGGCCUUCUCAAUAGUAUCGACAGGAAAAUGCUUCAUUCAGAAGAUAUACAGAUGCAAAAACAAGCCCUAAAGAGAAUAGAGGAUUUGAUAGAGAUGAUGGGACCACAGCUUAGCACGUAUCUGCCAAAGAUUAUGGUUCUUGUGUUGCAUGCAAUAGAGAAGGAACCCCUUCAAGGUAAGGGUUUUGAAGUGUUGCACUCUUUUAUUAAAAAGUUGACAAAGGUUUCACCUUCCAGCACGAAACAUGUCAUUCCUCAAGUUGUCGCUGCAUUUAUCCCUUGCUUGGAACGAUAUCCAGAGAAACCAUCUUUGCACUUGAACAAAAUUGGUGAGAUACUGGAAGAGCUUAUUGUUGAAAAUUGCUCAAUAUUGAAACAACAAAUCAGAGAACUUCCUUUGCUGCCCAAUAUUCCUGCUUUAUCGAAGGUAAAUAAGGUCAUACAGGAAGCACGUGGCUCAAUGACUCUGAGGGAUCAAUUACGAGAUGCUGUUGAUGGGUUAAAACAUGAAAGCUUGAAUGUUAGGCAUAUGGUGGCCUGUGAAUUAAGCAAACUCUUGAAUUCUAGGAGAGAGGAUAUUACUUCUUUGAUUGCUGGUGAAGCAUUUGCAGAUUUGGAUGUGGUGAGCUCUCUAAUCUCAUCCUUACUUAGAGGCUGUGCAGAGGAAUCUAGGACUACAGUGGGCCAGCAGUUGAAGUUGGUGUGCACAGAUUGCCUUGGAGCUCUUGGUGCUGUCGAUCCAGAUAAAUUCAAGGGGCUUUCAUGUCUCGUAGGGGUUUCUUCUCAACGUUUCAAGAUUGAAUGCUCUGACGAUGAUCUUAUUUUUGAGCUGAUCCACAAGCAUCUUGCAAGGGCUUUUAGAGCUGCCUCGGAGACUGUUGUCCAAGAUUCUGCCGCUUUGGCUAUACAAGAGCUGCUGAAGAUUGCUGGUUGCCAGGCAUCUUUAGAUGGAAAGUUGCAGGGCGAAUCAGCAGAGACUUCUGAGGGAAUAGAUGUAGGCUACUUUAAUGAUAUGGAAAGGAGGGGUGAGAGGUUGUGGGAUCGUUUUUCUAAUUACGUGAAGGAUAUAAUCGCUCCUUGUUUGACAUCUAGAUUUCAACUUCCAAGUGUGACUGACCCAACAUCUGCGGGCCCUAUUUACCGUUCUUCGAUGUCAUUUAGAAGAUGGAUAUUUUUUUGGGUAAGAAAGUUGACUGCUAACUCUACUGGGUCCCGUUUGAGUAUUUUUAGUGCUUGCCGUGGUAUAGUGCGACAUGACAUGCAGACAGCCGUUUAUUUGCUACCUUAUCUAGUUCUAAAUGUCGUAUGCCAUGGUACAGUGGAGGCACGCCAUAGUAUAACUCAGGAGAUACUCUCUGUGCUUAACGGCGCAGCUUCUGAGAACUGUGGCAGUGCAGUUUAUGGUUCUGCUGUUGGCCAGGGUGAGGUCUGCGUCCAGGUUGUAUUCACGCUUUUGGAUAAUCUAGGACAAUGGGUGGAUGAUCUCAAGCAACAAGUUGCUCUAUCGCAGUCUCAUCAGGCUUCUAAGCAACAGCUCAAAGGAAAAAGCCUUGUAGAACCGCUUGGUGAUGCAGAUAACCUCCUGAUCCAAUGUGGUUAUGUUUCUGAACUAUUGUCUGCAAUUCCUAAGGUUACCCUUGCAAGAGCCUCUUUCCGUUGCCAAGCCUAUGCUCGUGCUCUGCUAUACUUUGAAUCAUAUGUACGUGAAAUGUCAGGAUCUUUCAAUCCGGCAGCUGAACAAAGUGGCGUCUUUACUGAUGGAGACAUCUCAUUUUUAAUGGAGAUCUACAGUGGAAUGGAUGAGCCUGAUGGUCUCUCCGGUUUGGCAAGUCUGCGCAAAUCACCUAGUCUUCAGGAUCAACUUCUAAUUAAUAAAAAGACCGGAAACUGGGCAGAAGUCCUAACUUCUUGCGAGCAGGCUCUGGAAAUGGAGCCUACCUCAGUUCAGAGGCAUUCUGAUGUUCUCAACUGCUUCCUGAACAUGUGCCACCUUCAGUCUAUGGUUACUCAUGUGGAUGGAUUGAUUUCUAGGAUACCUCAGUUCAAGAAAACUUGGUGCAUGCAGGGUGUGCAGGCAGCUUGGAGGCUCGGGCGGUGGGAUUUGAUGGAGGAAUAUCUUAGUGGAGCUGCUAACGAAGGAUUAUUAUGUAAUGGAUCCGAGAGUAGUGCUUCCUUUGAAAUGGACCUCGCCAAGAUUCUUCAGGCAAUGAUGAAGAAAAACCGGUUUGCGAUUUCUGAGAGAAUAGCUCAGUGCAAACAAGCUUUGCUUGUACCUUUGGCUGCAGCUGGUAUGGAUUCUUACAUCCGUGCAUAUCCAUUUGUCGUGAAGCUUCAUAUGUUAUGUGAAUUGGAAGACUUCCACGCUGUUUUGGGGGACGAGUCAUUUUUAGAAAGAUCAUUUCAUUCAGAUGAGCCAAAAUUCUCAAAAGUGAUGAAAUACUGGGAUGAUCGCCUAAAGAUCACACAAGCGUCACUCUGGGCCAGAGAACCUUUGUUGGCUUUCCGCAGAUUAGUCUUUAAUGCCAGUAACAUGGGUCUUCAGGUUGGAAAUUGUUGGCUUCAGUAUGCAAAGCUUUGCCGUUCUGCUGGUCACUAUGAGACAGCACAUCGCGCAAUUUUAGAAGCACAGGCUUCCGGUGUAGCGUGUGUUCACAUGGAGAAAGCGAAACUCCUCUGGAGUACUAGAAAGUCUGAUUGUGCUAUUGCUGAACUGCAGCAAUCAAUUUUGAACCUUCCUGCUGAAGUUUUGGGUGCCUCUACUGUGAUGUCGCUUAAUAGUCUCUCCCUCGUUCUACCGAAUCCACCAUUGAGUCACAAUGAAGCAUCAAAUGAAGACCAGGAUGUAGCCAAAAUGAUCCUUUUAUAUACUAGGUGGAUCCAUCACACAGGCCAAAAGCAAAAAGAAGAUGUGAUAAGUCUCUAUUCUAGAGUGAGAGAGUUGCAGCCCAGAUGGGAGAAGGGAUACUUCUUUAUGGCCAAAUACUAUGAUGAUCUACUCAUGGAUGCCAGGAAGCGUCAAGAAGAAAAUCUCCAUACCCACUCCGGGCAUGACAAUAUUCCAUCAAAUUCUUCUGGUGGUGGCUUUGCCUUGAAUUCUGUGACCGAAGAGAAGCCCUGGUGGUCUUAUCUUCCCGAAGUUUUGCUCUAUUAUGCGAAGGGACUUCACAGGGGGCACAAGAAUCUCUUCCAGGCCCUGCCGAGAUUGUUGACCUUGUGGUUUGAGUUUGGCACCAUAUGUCAUAGAGAGGCACUACUUUCUAAUAAGCCCUUGAAAAGUGUUCACACAAGGGUAGUAUCUAUCUAAGAGUCGUAUCAUCAUUUUACCUGAAGGUUUUAAUAUGCCUGCCAGUUCCAGUUGUUCUUACCUUUUCUUUCUUGUUUACUUUUUUUGGUUAGGUUAUGGGCAUACUGCGGGGUUGCCUAAAGGAUUUGCCAGCAUAUCAGUGGCUAACAGUUCUCUCCCAGUUGAUCUCUCGCAUAUGCCAUAAAAAUGAGGACAUUGUUCGAGUUGUGAAGCUUAUAAUUACUUCAGUAAUACAGGCAUAUCCACAGCAAGCUCUGUGGAUGAUGGCCGCCGUUUCAAAAUCUACUGUGGCCGCUAGACGGGACGCUGCUUCUGAGAUAAUCCUAGCUGCACGAAGAGGUUUCAGGAGUGGUAGUGAUACCAGCAAUUUGUUUGGUCAAUUUGGGAGUCUAGUUGAUCAAUUGAUCAAACUGUGCUUCCACCCUGGACAGCCAAAGGCCAGAGCAGUCAACAUAUUGACCGAAUUUAGUUCUCUGAAGCGGAUGAUGCCUCUUGGAGUCAUCAUGCCUGUGCAGCAAGCCCUGACUGUCACCUUACCUAGUUGUGGGGCGGACCUUGCAGACCCUCCUCAGUGUGAUGUCUUCUCGGAUAUGCAACUUGCUUCAAUAUCAGGAAUCACAGAUGAGGCUGAAAUCCUUUCAUCUCUGCAACGACCAAAGAAGGUGCAACAUUGAAAAACUUUUUGUAAAGUACACUUCAAAAUGUACGAAACUUGUGUUUUCGAUUUUGAUCUUGUUAGCCUGUACUUACCUCCGGGGAUUUCAUAUAUGCAUGUGCCUGCCCUAAUUUUCAUAUAUGCAUGCAAGUAGAAAGUACCCCAUAAGUGCUUUCAUGGACAUGAUAUAGAUACCUUCAUCGUAAGCGUGGUCUUUUUCUAUCUCAUCUGGGGAAUAUAUUUCACGAUCUUGAUUGAAUUAGUCCUCGCAUACUGCUUCUUCUAGAUUACCUGACGAAGCGGAAACACCUAAUGUUCCAGGUUGUCUUCAUUGGGAGCGAUGGCAUCCACCGGCCGUUUCUUUGCAAGCCGAAGGACGACCUUCGAAAAGAUGCACGCAUGAUGGAGUUCACCGCAAUGAUCAACCGUCUUCUCUCUAAAUUCCCAGAAAGCCGCCGGAGGAACCUCUACAUCCGCACCUUUGCCGUCAUCCCCCUCACGGAGGACUGCGGGAUGGUGGAAUGGGUGCCCCACACUCGCGGGCUUCGCCACAUUCUGCAGGAUAUCUACAUAACCUGCGGGAAGUUCGACCGAAUGAAGACAAAUCCGCAGAUCAAGCGCAUAUAUGACCAGUGCCAGGGUAAAAUGCCGGAAGACGAGAUGCUCAAGACCAAGAUCCUCCCGAUGUUCCCUCCGGUUUUCCGCAAAUGGUUCAUCACCACCUUCUCCGAGCCAGUGGCCUGGUUCCGGGCUCGGGUGGCGUACGCGCAUACAGCGGCAGUCUGGUCCAUGGUCGGGCACAUUGUGGGCCUGGGGGAUCGGCACGGCGAGAACAUACUGUUUGACUCGACCACCGGCGACUGCGUCCAUGUGGAUUUCAGCUGCUUAUUUGACAAGGGCUUGCAGCUGGAGAAGCCCGAGCUGGUGCCCUUCAGGCUGACCCAGGUGAGAGGGGAAGGAGAAUCCAUUCGUAAUCUCUCAUCAAAUGUGCGAGAUUGUUGACUAGCAGUUGCUCAUCGGAAUGUGCAGAACAUGAUCGACGGCUUGGGCAUCACGGGCUACGAGGGUGUCUUCUUGAAGGUCUGUGAGAUCAGCCUCUCCGUGCUCAGGGCCCACAGAGAGACCCUCGUGAGCGUUCUCGAGACGUUCAUCCACGAUCCCCUCGUCGAGUGGACGAAAUCCCACAAAUCCAGCGGAGUUGAAGUCCAGAACCCCCACGCGCAGGUUACCUUUUUCUUCCUUUCUCCCCUUAUUUUACCAGCCAGUUUGACCCAGAAGAUGUUGUUGCCAGAAAAAGUACUCUCCCUGUCUUAAACAUGAUCUCACUGCCUGGAAUUUUCAGAGGGCCAUCAGCAACAUAAAGGCAAGGCUGGAGGGAGUUGUGGUCGGUGUCGGCGCCGCACCUUCCUUGCCCUUGGCUGUGGAGGGGCAGGCCCGGCGUCUAAUUGCCGAAGCAGUCUCCCACAAGAACCUUGGAAAGAUGUACAUCUGGUGGAUGGCCUGGUUCUAG